AUGCAGGCUCCGGUGGUGGUGAUGAACACGCAGAAUGGCGACAGACAAACAGGAAGACAAGCGCAACUAUCCAACAUCACAGCCGCAAAGACGGUAGCAGACAUCAUCAGGUCAUGUCUUGGACCAAAGGCCAUGCUAAAGAUGCUGCUGGAUCCGAUGGGAGGGAUCGUGCUCACAAACGACGGCCACGCCAUAUUACGAGAGAUUGAGGUGGCACAUCCGGCGGCAAAGAGCAUGAUCGAACUGGCGAGAACACAGGACGAGGAAGUGGGAGACGGCACAACCACGGUCAUUAUUCUUGCUGGCGAGAUUCUGGCUCUCAGUCUACCGCAGCUGGACAGGCACAUUCACCCGGUCGUCAUAAUAUCAGCCUUCAAGCGAGCACUGAGCGAUGCGCUGGAAAUCAUCCAGGACGUCAGCAUCCCGGUCAACAUCAACAACGACGAAGUUAUGAAGAACCUCAUCUCCACCUCAAUCGGCACAAAGUUCACCUCCAGGUAUAGCGACCUGAUGUGCGAGCUCGCGUUGACGGCGGUACGGACAGUCAGCCAUGAUGCGGGUGGUGGCAAGAAAGAAGUCGACAUCAAGCGGUAUGCGCGUGUGGAGAAGGUGCCAGGCGGCGAGAUCGAAGACAGCUCGGUACUGGACGGCGUCAUGUUGAACAAGGACAUCACACAUCCCAAGAUGCGACGACGGAUAGAGAACCCACGCAUUGUCCUCCUCGACUGCACCCUCGAGUACAAGAAGGGCGAAUCGGCGACCAACAUCGAAAUCAGCAAAGAAGAAGACUGGAAUCGCAUCCUCCAAAUCGAAGAAGAGCAAGUCCGUGCCAUGUGCGACGCCAUUAUCGCGGUCAAACCAGACCUCGUCAUUACGGAAAAGGGCGUCAGCGACCUCGCCCAGCACUUCCUUCUGAAAGCCAACAUUACCGCCCUUCGCCGUGUGCGAAAGACCGACAACAACCGCGUCGCCCGUGCCACCGGCGCCACCAUUGUCAAUUCCGUCUACGACCUCACCGAGCGCGAUGUUGGCACCCAAUGCGGUCUCUUCGAGAUCAGCAAGAUUGGCGACGAGUACUUCACCUUCCUCACCAAAUGCCGUACGCCCAAAGCCUGCACCAUUCUAUUGCGAGGCCCUUCGAAAGACAUUCUAAACGAGAUCGACCGCAACCUUCUGGACGCCAUGAGCGUCGCGCGAAACGUCAUCUUCCACCCCUACCUCUCUCCCGGCGGCGGAGCGACCGAGAUGGCCGUCUCCGUCCGCCUCGCCCAGAAAGCGAAGAGCAUCGAAGGCGUACAGCAGUGGCCCUACCGCGCCAUCGCCGAAGCCAUGGAAGUCAUCCCUCGCACUCUCAUCCAGAACGCCGGCAACUCACCGAUCCGCGAGCUCACCAACCUCCGCGCCAAGCACGCCGAGGACGCAUCUGCUGGCAAAGGUGGCAAGGAGGGAGGUGCGACGUGGGGUAUCGAUGGGGAUGCUGGAAAGGUGGUGGAUAUGAAGUCGUUUGGGAUCUGGGAGCCGCAGGCGAUUAAGCUGCAGAGUGUGAAGACGGCGGUGGAGAGCGCGUGUUUGCUGUUAAGGGUGGAUGAUAUUGUGGGGGCGAAGAGUGCGAAGCAGGGUGGUGGUGGAGGUGGAGGCGAUGAGGAUUAG